AUGGAGAUGACUGUUUCAGUAAAAUAAGUCUGUAGGAAGCAUUCAGCCAGUGCUCAGAUGAAGUACAUUUUGAGUAACUUGCUUUUUUCUGACAAGUUUUUGAAGUCUGCAUUUAUAACUUCUGCUGGGAGUGCUUGCAGAACUUUUAAGCAUCACUUCACAGAAAGGUUUGUUGCAUAUUUUCUAUUUCCUAAUCAGUGCCUACACUAAGGCAGAGGACAUGCAAUACUGAUUUCUCAGUGCAAAUGAUUUUCCUGGAAAAUGUCUUGGGUGUAUACCAUGAGUUUGAAGGUAAACAAGGCACCUUCUAUAAUUCCAAUAGUUUAACUGUAUUAAUUGAACUGAAAAGCAAAAACCCACUUAAUCCUAGCUGUUACACAGUGGUGGAUGUUUGCUAAUGACAUCUGCUCUGGAACAGGCUCCAAACUGGUUCCGCUGGGAUGCUCAAUCUGUCAGUCCAGCUAGCGAAAGCUAAUCGCCUGCACUUCUAAGCCCUGUCCACUGGCUGGGGUGGUCUGACUCUGGAGGCAUAGUCAGAAACAAAGGGUUUGGUUCAUUGCUGGUUCCAGCUGCAGUGGUCAAGCAUAGAUCUGCUUGACAAAUGCUCCCAGACACAUGAAUCGUGUCUCUUACUAUCCAUUUCUCUGUUCCUUGAACUCUUUCUUUACCACCCCUGCAUCUCCAUUUCUGUUCCUCAAUCGAGAGAGACAACCUGCACUUAACUAGUUUUCCCUUGCAGUCCUGGUUUUGCCAUAUAUCCAUUUUUGGGUUUGCUAUUUCUGAUACUGCUAACCAGGCUAUCUCGGGCUUAUAUGCUGUUACAGGUAUGGCUACCAGGCAUGCUGGCCUGGCAAGGCCCCUUUUCCCAGAAUGUCCCCAGUGCUCCACUCCAGCUAUCUUGUGGUUCGGCUGUUGCUCACACACGUUCCCCAUAACCACAUGAGGGAUCCAGCCAGCCCUCACAGCAUCACCUGCACCCUUUGCCAGCUUCUCACAAUAUUCCCUCUCACAUUCAGCUUUCCACGUCACAUCCACUUUCUUGCCUGUUAGCUUCCAGACUCUUUCCAGGUAGCUGAACCUCAGGCCAUGGCCCAGCUGGCAGGUUGGUGCCUAUGGUGUUAGCCCCAUCCUCCCGCCUGCGGAGUUAUUAUCUGCUUGUAAAUGAUCCAUAUGAAGACUAUUAAUAUAUUUAUUGGAUGACAUAAAUCAACUUCUUACUGAAAAGUCUUUCCUUUUUGAGGAUAUAUGACAAGAAAGCCAAGGUAGAGGUCCUGUCUGAGCAGUUGUAUGCUCUGCUUUCCCGCUAAUGCCAAAAGCCAGGACUGUUUAAUAACAAAGUGGACUCAAAAAAGGUGGUCGUGAAAUGUUUGUGGAUGUCCUUGCGUGUUCCUUGGCAAGUCUAUGGUAUCACCUCUAGUACCCUGAGAGUGGUGAAACGAUUCAGCUUGGUUGUUUCUUUCACACCUUCAAGAAUGUGUGAGGUGUCAUUUUGGAUCUGCUAAGCAAUGCUGGAUGCCUGCCCAAACAAAAUUGCUGGCCAUGGGAACAGUUGAAGUCCUUAUGAGGGAGGCUUGGGGGAGAGGGCGCGAAAGCAGCCAAUGGCAAAAGCACCUAUGAGGUGUUUGCCUGUGUCUCUGCCCUUCCCUCAGCACCCCAAUUUUGCACCUCUGCUGAGCCCCAGUGGAACCAGUUCCUCCUGCCCAGCCAAGGGCAGGGAGAAGUGUUCUCCAUUCAGGGGUGCUGAGUGAGCUGAAGCACCUGCAGCCACACUGCUUGCUCCCAAGAGAGACAACUGCUGCAGCUCUGCUCUCCCCUUCCUGCCAUCUACCUGCUCACCUCCAGCUCCAGCUGGCAGCCAUAGACCUCUGCCAGGCACUGCUGGGCUCUUUAUGCCCUGGAGGUUAGCACGCCUGGGGAAAGAUCCUUUAUGAGAUGGACUCUCAUAUGUCUUGGACAUGAGGACCACAAAAUUUGUAGUAAGAUAAAGAACUUGUGAGGCCACAAAUGAGUAGGUAACCCACACCUGAGGGGAAUGGGUCUACCUUAGUUUUCUGCCUUGAAAACUAGGUGAGAUUAUCCUAGCUGUGAGUGUCCAUUAGAUUUGUAUCUAUCCACAGGCUUCAAAUGCAUUGAGCAGCAUCAUUGCUUAAAUUUUCACGUUGCAGACUAAAUUCCUACUGGAUUAAGCCUAUUAGUGAAUAUGAGCUCUUUAUGCACAAACAGGCUGUUUGACCCCUGUUUGCAUGGCAAGAUUUUGGCCGGUAAUUAUUUCCCAAACAUGUUGGGCUACUGUGUAUCCUAGGUAAUAAUAACAUAAUUUAUAUUACCUACUUUAAAAAGCCAGAGAAAUUGGAUUUUUUUUAAGAGAAGGUAAUGUUUAGAGAGAGUAAGAUGCUGAAAGAUCUGAAGAUAUCUCAUAAUAGAAAUGCACAGAAAGCUCUUUUAACCACACCAAAGAGUCUAAUUCUCUCCAUAUUUUGAGCACCUUUGUCUUCCUUUGCAUAUACAAAAGGUGAAAUAUUUGACUAGUUCCCAGCCAAGACUGCACACCCAGGAUUCCACCCAGCUUCUCCACUCCAGUCAUGCACACAGUUUUACCUGUUUUGCCAAUGAAGGAGCUGGUGGGCUGUGCAGCCUUGGCUGGUGCCAAUGCUCUGCCUGAAAAAUUUUAGUGGUUAGGUGUUGGUGGCCACACUCUGGGAUGGCUGCAAAAAAUUUGGCUGAAAAUGUUUUCUGAAAAAUGUACCAGGAUCGGUCCUCUGACAGCAUAUACAUUUCUGCUCUACCAACUAAACUUACUGAAGAAUCAGCCUUUUCUUUGAUGCAUGGUGCCUGGCAAUGUAUCUCCAUCUUUGGAUCACAUUCAGGAGACAAUAUGACUGCAGGCAAUGAGAAAGGACAUUUUACAGCAGGCCCGAUGGGCUUUUUGGAGCCCAGAAGGAACUUAGAGGCUGAUUCAGGUAUCAGAGGGUCAACUCACCAUCAGUAAAAACAGAUGUUUUGCACAUAUAAGUGGGGAGUGGCUGUCUCUGGGGGAGGGCAGCUCCACCACUGGGUAGCUGGCACAUGAACAAAACCCUUUCUGUACCUCGAAGGCAAAGCAAGGCCUGUGGUUCUAAUAUAAUGCCUGACCAAAAGCUUGUUUUAGUAAAUGGAGAAUACUCUGAAAGCUUUGUUGUAGGCCUGAGGCAAAAAUAGUGCAUGCUUUGGGAAGGACAUGCACAGUCCAGAAACAGUGGAGGCUCUUCACAAGAGUGGGGCAGGUCCAGUGCUGCCAGCGAGUCCCUGCACCCACACGGGUAUUGUCGCUAAGUAGGUUUGUAGAAGAGAAGUCUCUUUGGCUAUGCUGGAAUGACAUGGGAGUGUAUUCCUCCUGCAACCUGGGAGCAUUUCUGAAGAGCUUCACGGACUGUGUGGAUCAGGAAGAGACUCUGUAAUGAACACAUUAGAGAUCUACAAGUUCUGAGGAGACCAUAGGUAUGCCCCCCAGGAGGUCUGUUCCUUAAGUCAGGUGGCACACUCUGUGAGGACUCUUGUUUUCUAAGGAGCAGCCUUUGGCAGAGGUGCCGUUUGCAUGGGGCUCUGGCAUUCACCUGCUGUGCUGCUAAAGCAGGUGUGUGUAUUUGGGAGGCAUUUCUACACACACACACACAGCAGGGUCCUUGUACACGAAUGUAUAUGUCUCUCUCUUAUGUGGCUGAGUUCCUUUGAACUGAUCCAGUAUCACACUGAAGGGAAUGGGAGGUGGGUAAAACCUACAAGCCUACUCAUGGGAGUACCAAUUUGCAUGAGCACAUCCUUGUUUUGAAGCAGACUACUGUUCUCAGCAGACUGCUGAGAACAGACUGCUUUUCUCAUUCUCCUUUUGUAUUUUUCAGUAUGAAAAUAUUGAGUAUACUUUGCCUUUCUGAGGUGUUCCAUGCGAUACAGAAACACAUCUUUGUCAGUGCUUUAUGUAGCCCUAACACCUGAGGAAGCAAAUGGCAAGCACUGGAGACUGAUGGUGCCCAGUACACUCCUGGGAAGUCUUCUUGAUCAGCCCCAUAAGCUGUGUUCUCUCUUCCUGCUCUCCACUUUAUCCCCAGUGUGUAUUACACUUGCCCCAGCUUUGCAGAGAUAAUUUGCACUCUCCUAGUUCAUUAGCUGCUACCCCCUCCUGUCCAUGGGCAAAAAAAAGCCCUUACUGUUCAAAAGAACACAUGCAGCAAUCAUUAAUGCUGACCCUAAUUGUGCCAAUUCAAACCACUCAAUAGCUCUAAUUAAAACCUCUCUUGUGCAGGGCACUGAACAGUAACAAAACUGUCACCCUGAACAAUCAAAUCAUGGAGCUAAGAAAUUUUUUUCCCCCUGUUGUUCAAAUGUUGUUGCUGCUCUUGGAAGGGUCAUCUGAAGGGAUUAAGUAUGGGGCUUUUGUAGCCUGCAAAGUUGGUGGGAGUAGGCGGGGGAAUAUCUAAAUCCAACCAAUAUCUUUUGGUCACAGUUUGAAAUCAGAAGACGCCAACUUUUUUCCAGGUCUCCUUUCAUCCACUUUACCCACCCCCAUACAGCAAGCAACACCUGCAAAGUAGACAGGCUGCUGGUUAUGAGACACAUGGACACCACAAGUCAACUUAAACAUCUGCAAAGGAGGGGGUGAGGGGGAAACCCAGGCGUUCCUAUCCCCACAACCUUGUUUCUCAGGGUCCCUGACUACACUUUCCUGUGCGCCAUAAAUAACUCUGCAAUUACAUUAAUUGGUUGCAUAUUUGUUGACACAGGGGUGGACAAGGGUAGGUUAUGGUGGGAGGAUUUUUUGCUUUCAGUGCAAUUUUAUACUACUUUCUUCAGAUGUGCUUUAAUCCCCACUUUCCCUCCCCCCAUUAUUUAGAGUUCUCAUGUCUUUCAGAAUAACUUUAUAAGCAUGUGGGUGGGAGGGGGGAGCAGGAAAAAAAGAGCGUUAAAAUUAAUUUGAUGGCACCCAUGCACACACAUCUGUUCUGCUGUGUUUCCCUAGCAAAGUCUAUCAAUCAAAAGGAAAAGGUUGAUAUGUAUCACAGUGGGAUAUUUCAAAAAGCUGGAUGCAAGCAAUUGUGUGCUGGAAGGUUUUAUUCUGCACUGAGUUUCUGACAGGAAUCAAAAGAUCAAAAUGGUGUGCAUGUAUACCUAUAUUUUAUUUUAUAUUUCCCAUUUUUUAAAGAAGGUGGUGAAAUUAAUGGAGCAAUAGAGUUAACUACAAAAAUUACAGUCUUGGUAUCUUUCUCUUUAUUGUUGUGUGUGUUCUGCAGCCCAAACCUGGGAUCACAGGUAGGAGCCUGACAGUGCCGCAAGCACGUUUGUAUCUGUGCUUCAAUUUUAGAUCGUUACAAGAACACAUGCUAGCUACGCUAUGUGGUUCUGGGUUCAAACCACCAUCUCAGAGUACUUGGUAUGGGGUACUUCACUGAGUCUUUGCUUCCAGUGCCUCCUUGACUUGCUUUCUUUUGCUAGUAGUAAUCAGAGUUGCAGUGAGAAAGUUCAUGGCAUGUUGUUUUUCAUCUUUCCUCUUUUCUUCUCUUCUUAGCUGCUGUCCCAAUUGAGAAGUAGGGAGUAGGAUGACACCAUAGAGUGCUGGCAGUCUGCCUCUUCAAACACGUUGAGCACUUUGUUAGAAACCACCUUGGUUGUUUCUUGUUCUGACUGCUGGGCUGUGCCGUGUGCUGUUACAACAUUGCCUCGUCUCAGCAGUGAAGCCGUUUCAUUUAGUGAUGGAUUAAACAGCCCAUACUUAGAGUACAUCUUGACUCAGCCAUUAAGCAUUUAGCAUUGGUUAGUGACGAAGCACAAAAUCUUGAUGUAUGAAGACAGUCUAUGUGUAUAGAAGCAACAGGACAAAACCUAAGAAUGUUUUUAAAACAUUUUGAGGUGAACAGUCUUUUCUUGUGCAAACUUGGCCAUAUGAGCAGAUAGGUUCAGGAUAUGGUCUAUUUUCACCAGUUUGCCUCAGACCCUGUGAGUACUAGCCUGGAGUCACUAGGAGGACCACAGUCUUUUCUGAAAAGGGGUGUGUUGCACUGUGAUGUGUGAUGGUGCUGGCCCACUUCUGCCUUUGUGCCACCACUGAGUGGUAAUGCAACACUGUAGUUUUCAAUAGCAAUGUGCUCUUACAAGGGGAAGAAGAGAAAUAGGUGACACUACUGUAUGGCAUUCAAGUGAGUGCAUUUCAGAGCAAGGUCCUUUCAUCAGCAGCACUGGAGAGAAGAAACCAGAGCUCUUUGACAGUUUUGUUGUCUGUUGGGGGCAACGGAACGUAGCAAACAUGUCUUAUACUUCUUUACACUUGCUCAAGAAGGGGAAAUAAGGCACAGAGGGGGUUUUUGACCAACUCUAGGUGCUUUCAGCUAAGCUAAGAACAAAUCCUGGGACCCUAGUAUCUCGUCUAGCUUCUGGAAAGCAGCAGCUCUUUUUCUGAGCUGAUUCUUGCCUGUGUUCAUAUAGGAAGCUCUGUGUGUCUCUGUUAUCUGUUGAGCUGAGGAUAGGGGAUUUCUGAAAAAUAGACUCCAGUGUAGAUUCCCAUCGCUAUCUGUAUGGAUCUCCCACGGUCCUGUCUGCCCUUCUGUCUCAUUCCUUGCCCCCAUUUUCUAGGCAGCAAUGCUGGAGUCUAUCCUCUUGACUAAGCUGUUGCACUUUAAUUUUCAACAGGCCCCUAUUGCUCUUGCACCUUGUGUGUGGUCUUUGAACGUUAUGUGGCUCUGCAGCUGGGAAUAGUGAGUGGGUGGGCAAUUUAAAACAGAAAAGACUCUGUAUCAGCACAGGGCUGAGGUUUGAACUCUGCUCAGCUUUGGAUACAUGUAGCUGGUUCUCAGGGCUGUGAUUUAAGUGCCGUUUUGCUGGUGUCAGUGUGAAACUUAAAUCAGUGCUAAGAAACUGGUAGGGAAGAAAAAACAAACUUUGCUUGUCCGAUAACAAGUGUUACUCUUGGCCCUGAUGAAACACUGCGGGAUCAAGGCAUCUUAGAAUGUAUUCUGCUGUUUUGUCACCAUUUUGCCUCCACAACUGAGAAGACAAAGAGUGCCUAGUUUGAUGUCAGGAUUUCUUUGCUGGAGUAUAUUUCCGAGCUGUUUCAUGCCAUUUAGAACAUAAAUCUGAUUCUGAGUUUCCUGAAGAUACGGACUGCUAAUAGAGAGAGGCAGAUGGGGGGGGGGGGGGUGCUAACCCGUGAGACAAAAUACUUCAUUGCAUUCAUCUGAGCGUUUCUGUGAGGCAAGGCAAAUGUGCUCAAGCAACAAAAUAUAGUCCCAAUAUCAUAACUUUUUGAACUCACAGGGCCUGGUCCUCAGUUGCUUCCUUCUCCUUUUUGUUGUUGUGUGUGCUGGUGGAGGACCACAUGGAAGGGAGGUCAGGCAAGAGACCCUGCAUUCCAUGAGCCCCGGCCUGAUUCCCACACACACUUCUUUUGCACUUUCAGUGGUGAGCCCACUCGUCAUGGGCAGAGAGUUCUCAUAUAUGGGGGAUUCACCAGCUGCUUUCCUUCGCAUUUGCAGCCCAGAGUACCAAGUCCUCAAAAUUUCAGUGCAGAGGUUGUUUUUUCCCCACCCACUUUCCAUCUAUCCCACCCAGGUAGACAGGAUGAGCAGAAGGAAUCCUUGCCUUGAUAAGAUUGAUAAAUGAGGUUGGAACAGAUCUCUUUUCUGGAGUCCAUAUGGAGUCCAACCCAACUUCAAACUCAUAGCUGACAAAAUAAUAAAAAAAAAAAAAUUGGCAAGUCACUAAGUACUUUUAAAGAUUCUAAAGGUUAAAGAUAUGGUCGAUUGGCAUUCUGUUUAGAGCCUGGAGUGAUGUUAUAUUUGCUUUACAGAAUUCAAAGGAGUGCACAAUUAGCAUUAGAAAUCUAUUAGAUAGAUAUUUGGAAGAGUCAUUCAAUUUUCCAGUGCCACAUACAUACCCAUCAUUCACUACCACUGCAGUGGGCCUCAUAUUGGUUUUUAGCAUUACACCCUAUAAUUUGCAAAACAGAAGUAAGAGUAAAAGGGCCAAACAAUGAGAAUAUCCUUGUUUUCAAAGAGCUGGCAGAUUACAGACUAACUUCAGCUAUGUUGUUGUAGUAGUUCCACCCUUAAAAAUAUGUAUGUGCUGAAGUACCAUGAAAAAACAUACUGAAGAUCAAAUGAGCAUUACUGCCUCUUCACUACAUCUUGCACUUUACUGCAUUCCUUUCUUUUUGGUUUCAUUUUGUUCUGUUUUCAUAAUAAUACUGGGGUAUGGCCAACAGCCUCUUCCCAUGAUAGAAUAAUAUAGAUACAUGAGGGUAUGACUGGGUUAUUAGGAUCAGAUGGAUGGGCACUAGUGAGAGGUGAGGGUCUGGCAGUGGUGGGAACUCUACUAGCAACUCUUUGGGAAACCAAAGAAGUGCAGCCAGGACCAAUACAACUUAAUAUACUUUCUAGAGAAAAAGUCUGAACAGAAUUUCUGUAUGAAGUAUAAUGAAUGAAGUGGCAGACUCUAAAUGGAUUUUAUGGGAAAAAGUUUGAAAUCCUGUAAUAUUUUUGACAAAGCUUUUUGUUCAAGUAUAAGUGAAUAUUCUGCAAAGAGCUUCCAGGAUGAAAAGCCUAAUAAGACAUUUUUUACUAAAAGAGUUUCUGUUUAAUUCAAGCAUAUGUGUACAUACAUAUAAUUAGCUUCCAUAAAAAGCUGAGACUCUCUUUUUUUGACAUAAUCCAGCAAAUACACCCCAAAACAUGCUGAACACCCCAAAGCAAUGUAUCUCUGCUUCUUAACAAGUGUGAAUACUUUGCAGUUAGCAGCAACUGACUGUUCUUCCAUCAUGGGGAGAGGUGGUUUGCCAUACAGCAGUAUUAUUAUGAAAAAAAAAAAAAAAAGAAAGGAAUGAAUGCAGUAAAGUGCCAGAUGUAGUAAAAAGCUGUGUUGACAGUGGGAUGACACUGUAAAAUUGCUGUAUGCCGUGAUUUGAAACUUUUUGAACCCAAUGAUGUCUGAUUUCCACCUUCAUAAUCAAUGAGUCAAACUUAGUCCUUCCCACACUCCCCUAACUCUACUUGUGUCUGGGAAGCUGGGGAAAUUGUAUUCCACCUCAUUUUAGGGUGAUUGAACAGACUCUGUCUUUCUGUGGUUGCUGUUCUUCAUAGGGUCAUGAAUGUGCUCAGCUGUGGCUUUUCAGUCUUUACUCUGGACUGCCCCAAACUUGCCUCUAGAUGGAGAUUUGCAGGUGUCAGCAUAGUAGAAAAGGUUCUUCUGCUACUGCAGGUUCUCAGCAAUUAAGACCUGGCAGCGAUGGAUAAUUCUCCGAUUAAAAUCAUCCAAAUGAUUAAAUGGGCACAAAGUUACAAAAAAAAAACCCCAACAAACAAACCCACAUCAAAACACCCCAAACAAACAAAAAAAAAAGAGCUCUAAAUUCUGCAUUGUUACAACCCAUAAAAACAAAUCUUACAGCAAAUUUCUCGUGCUCUUUUCUACCUCUUUUUAAAAUUGUGACAACAAGUGACAUCUAAACCUCUUGCAGGAGUGAUUGUAGCAUCUACUGACUUGAUAAAGAACCUCUAAUGGUAAAUUAGUCCCUAAAAGCAAUUACAUCAUAUUUGGAGGCUGCAGAUUAUUCUCUGUUGAAAGUUGAAUAAUCAUUUCUACUAAACAUGUGCAAGAGGGGAUUCGUGCCCUGAUGAAAGCUGUGGCAGAUAAAGCCCAUGAUGGUUCUGAGAGCCAAUACUGUUUUAAAGAGGACAGUGAUCUUCUGAAACUUAUUUGAGGACAAGACAAGUAGAAGCAGAGGCAAAUAAUCAAAGCAAUCAAACAGUUCUCCCUGAACAGUUGUCAAGACCACCAAUAUACACGUCCUGUGCCAUGAGUUUGUGGUGAUGCACGUGAUAUGCAAGCACCAUAGCAACAAGAUAUUAAUCAUCAACACAGACGGGCACAGGUUGGGGUAAGUCUUCAGAGAUGCAAGUCGUAGGCUGUAUCUCAUGCACACAACAAGCCCCAACGGUACCAGUUUCAGUGCUACCUUACCAUCAUUGCAUAGCUGAAUUCAUUAUGGCUCAGCUUACAUCUUCCUCUGAAGGAUCCAUGUGUUGGGCCUGGGAUACAAAUGCCUGGACAUGAAGAACAACUUCUCUUCCAGUUCUGUGUCCCUCUCUCUUUGUGGUUUUCAGUUGCAGAGUCUGGGAAAAUUUGCUAGUGAGACAUCACUGGUUGAAGUGGCGCUGUGCCAGCAGUAUUUGGUGCUCUGAGUGAUGGCAGGGUUUCUCAGAAGAGUUCAAGAGAGAAGAUUAGGUGCCCAAUUCCUUUUAUGUUUGGUCAAUAGCCUUCUCUUGGCUCCUCAACAUCUCUGCGAUGCCACUGAUGCCCAGUGCAGGCACUUCCUACUUGCCAGCAACCUGAGACAAACAACAGAGAAUAUAAUGGCCCAAAGCUUUCUGUUUCUGUAGUUUAUUCUAUUUACCUAGAUUUUUCUUUGAUGACACACCAGUAAAGUGCACCUAUAUGAACUAGAGUACCAGGCACAGUGUGCCAAGAGUUAGGCACACAUUUUCAACUGUGAAAGUGACCACUGGAAAUGACCCAUGUAUUUUUUCUCUUAAUGGUGUCUUUAAACAGAGCUUGGAUAUCCCUCCAGCCUCCUGAAUGGUGACUUGCUGAGAUUUUUGGGCUCAGAACAGCUCAGUAAAAUUUAGUGGUGAUACACAGGCCAGGCUAUGAAGUCUCUUAUGCACCAAGGCAGUUACUAUCCACAUAGGAAAUAUUUCUCACUACAGAGAAAUACCUGGCCAUGGCCAUGUGGCAAGGUUAUGAACAGCGCUGACCAUGAAGGGGUCAAAGGUUUCUGUUACUGGGAAUUUCAGACCCUCUCUGGAACUUCUUAAGCUUGGUGUUAAGAUGCUGCUGGUGUCAGAGCCUCAUAGGCACUGCUGGAUAGGUUUCCAGAGUAGCUGGUAUUCUCUAUUAGGGAUUAAGAAAACAAUUACUUUUUCAUGGUGGUAACAAACAUCUAGCAUAAAGAUCCUGAUAUCCUUGUGUUUGUGUGUGAAAAAUACACCAAAGAAAGGCAUUCAUGUUUAAAGUACAAGUGAUAAAGAACACAUGAAGGCAAAAUACAAAAUAGGUCAAAUGCAAAAAUCCCCCUACGAAAUUGGAGAGAAGAAUGUAGGCAAGUGUAAUAUUGUUAUCUGGACUGGAAUUUAAUCAAGACUUAAGUAUGAGGUGAUGUGGUACUUCAGUGGCGGGAUCACUGCCUCAACAAAACUGUACUAGAUUCGGCCUGUCUUUUCAGAGAUUCAGGCGUGCACAGGUAUAACUUGCCCAACCUCAACCAAGCUGAUCCUGAUAUCCACGAGGACACUCAUAUUCAGAUUUCCCAGCUCUUCCCCUCCUCUUCCUUUCAAGGUCUCUCUGCUCGUGUCAUGUGGAAUGGCAUAUGUUCAGGUGUGGAUCAGAGAGACUUUGAAAUGGAAAAUCAGAGGAUACCACAGGCCAUACUGGAGAAGAGCUGGCAAAGCUUAGAACCAGGCUGGCAGAGUGGUGAGGGUUAGGACUAAGGUAGGCUUGUAUGGGGUGCUGUGUUUGGAGUCCCAGAGAAAUCUGUAAGCCAAGAAAAAUGAAUACUGGCAGAGCUCCAUGUGAGUAACAAACGGCUUAUCCUCUCUACGCUAAUGACAAAAUGUUACAUAUUGGCAUUUUUGAUUUUUUUAAAAAUUUUUUUUAGGAAAAAAGAUUAAAGCAACCGCUAUACCUAACCAGUCUGCUUUGCUCUGAUAAGAUGCCAGAAUUACAUGACUUCUGCUGUGUAACAAGGUUCUUUGUGUGGGCGUAGCAGCCCCUCCCCAUACCUAGCGGAUACACUCCAGGGAAUUUUUGCAACUGCGAGUAUUGCCUCUUGUAAGGUCACUGAGUAAAGAAGGGUAAUACGUUGUGCGAAAAAAUGUCAUGUUUUAUGUGUUUCCAUAAAAGCACCACAAAACAGUCCUACGUAAAGGUCAUUAUCACUAUUACAUGCACAGCAAUGACCUCUCAUGCAUAUUACUCUGCAAUAUGUUGGGCCUCUGCCCUGCCCUCCAUCAAACUCAAGCCAGUAAUUUGAAAAUUAAGGACUUGAUGUAAAUGCAGGCCAGUCUAGUUCACAAGAUCUCUCCACUGCUCAGUCCCUCUGUCAGGUAGAGGGCUUGGCAUUACUCACUGCCUCCAAUGCUCAGGCUCUACCGCUUGCUGCCAUUGCAAUGCCAUGGUACUGCUCCCUCUUUAGACAUGCCUGUAGAUAUGAGCCUUGCUAGUAGAUGUAUCUCCAUUUUCCCCUCUUCUACUGCUUCUGCUCUGCAGCUGCACUAACUUGCCCGUUGUAUGACGAUGCUCACUUUCUAUCCAAACUUCCAUUACGGAGUGCCUGGUGCUUGGAUGAACUGGGACCCACAUGCAGUCUACGGGCUUGUCAUCUCAAGAGGUACCAAACUUGGACUUGGGAUAUUUUCCCAGGUGCAAGGCAUAUAUUACCAAAGACUCCGAACACAUCACCUGCAUGAGAUCUGAAGGAUUUGCUGGGCAAUACAAAGCGAUGGGCUCUGGGGCUACUUGUGUAGCUGGGAACGCAGAAGAAGAUCUUCAGGGAGAGGCAGACUGUGGCUGUGGCUCAGCCAUGCCUCGGCACGGAGGUGACACGAGGAUCUGCGCUCCUAGCAGCCUUGGCCCCAGAGCCAGGACCAAAUGAACACGGUUUGUGGACCAUGCGGUGGUUUCCUGUGCCCAGUUUACUUGCUCGCUAGCCCGGCCCGCCUGCACGGCUCAGCUGUCACUGCCCCCGCCCGAGGCUGUGCCUGGCUGUGCCCCGCAUGGCUUUGGGACGGGCGGCGCAGCCCGGCAGCCCCGCGGGCUCCAGGUGCCGCCGGGAUCUCCAGGUGCCACCGAGGGCUCCAGGUGCCGCGGGCACGGGGACACCGCCCGCCCCGCGCCCUGCGCCGCCCGCCCGGUGGCGAGGGGCCGGGCGAGAGGCGGCGCGGCCCCGCCAUUGGCGGCGGCCGCACGGCGAUAGGCGCACGGCGCGGUCAGUGCCGGCCGGCCCCGCCCCGCCGCGGCUUUAUAACGGGCAUCCCCAUGGCCGAGGCGGGGAACCUGCUGCCCGGGGACCGGCACCGCCGCAGCGUCCGGGAGAGCCGCCUCUGGUGGCCGCAGAGCCGCGCCGCCCCGAGGGACGAUGAUGCCGCGGGCCUGGCGCAGCGCGGGGACUCGCCCGUUCCUGCUGGCGCUGCUGCUGGUGCAUCUGCCGCCGGGUCGCAGCCACCGAGCCACGGGGCCCCGGUUUUUAAUAAGCGACCGUGACAGAGACCCGCAGUGUAACCUGCAUUGCUCCAGGUCCCAGUCCAAGCCGCUGUGUGCCUCUGACGGCAGAACGUACGAGUCCAUGUGCGACUACCAGAGAGCCAAGUGCCGCGAGCCCAGUCUGAGCGUCACGCAUCGUGGCCGGUGCAAAGAUGCUGGCCAAAGCAAAUGUCGAUUAGAGAGAGCUCAAGCACUGGAACAGGCAAAGAAGCCUCAGGAAGCAGUCUUCAUCCCAGAAUGCAAUGAGGAUGGAUCUUUCAUGCAGGUGCAGUGCCAUACCUACACUGGAUACUGCUGGUGUGUGACGCCUGAUGGCAAGCCUAUUAGCGGCUCUUCUGUACAGAACAAAACUCCUGUAUGUUCAGGUUCUGUAACUGAUAAACCAUCAAGCCAGGGUAAUUCGGGAAGGAAAGUUUCUUUUCGAUUCUUUCUAACCCUCAAUUCAGAUGAUGGUUCGAAGCCAACGCCUACCAUGGAAACCCAGCCUAUUUUCGAUGGAGAAGAAAUCACAGCACCCACCCUUUGGAUUAAGCACUUGGUCAUCAAAGAUUCCAAAAUGAACAGCUCUAAUAUAAGGAAUUCAGAAAAAGUUCACUCCUGUGACCAGGAGAGGCAGAGCGCCUUGGAGGAGGCCAGGCAGAACCCCCGGGAGGGUAUCGUCAUCCCUGAGUGCGCUCCCGGAGGACUUUACAAACCAGUGCAAUGCCACCAGUCGACUGGGUACUGCUGGUGUGUCCUGGUGGACACGGGACGUCCCCUGCCUGGUACUUCCACACGGUAUGAGACUCCAGUGUGUGAAAGCGAUGCCAGAUCGAAGAGCACAGAGGUUGAUGAUCCCUUCAAGGACAGAGAACUUCCAGGCUGCCCAGAAGGGAAGAAAGUUGAAUUUAUUACCAGCUUACUUGAUGCUCUGACUACGGACAUGGUACAGGCUAUUAACUCAGCAGCACCUACUGGGGGUGGGAGGUUCUCUGAGCCAGACCCCAGCCACACGCUAGAGGAGCGAGUGGUGCACUGGUAUUUCAGCCAGCUGGACAACAACAGCAGCAACGACAUCAACAAGCGGGAGCUAAAGCCUUUCAAACGCUAUGUGAAGAAGAAAGCCAAGCCCAAGAAAUGUGCCCGGCGUUUCACUGACUACUGUGACCUCAACAAGGACAAGUCCAUCUCGCUUCAGGAGCUAAAAGGGUGUUUGGGAGUCAGCAAGGAAGGAGCUACUACACGCCAGGUAGCCUGAGCAGUUUGCCCAAUGGAAAAAGACAAGGCCUUAACCCUUUCAUAGGUCGCCUGGUGUAGCAGCAGAAGACAAGAGGGGAAGGCAGGAGCUGACCCAAAGGAAGAAAAGAUCCAGUGACAGACGGACAGACACCUUGCUGCUUGUGAGCAAGCACACAGCAUCAGCAACAUCCAGCGUAGCAGAAGUGGCACCCAGAAUGUUUGCACUUUUAAAAAAUUGGUUAGGAUUUUUUUUUUUAAUUGCUUUUCAAUGCCAUUAUCUAAUACUUUGGAAAGUGGAGGGAAGCAGGAUCAUGACUUUUUAAAAUUGGAACAGCUACUGAUGAUGUAAAAUUGAGUUCACUGGGACUCAAAGAAUUUUAUAUACUGUAUAUAAAUAUAUAUGUAAAUUGUACAGUUGUCUUGUACAGGGGUUGGAGUCACUGUUCUGUUCCUCCCUUUGCUUUUGAAGGCUGUUAGGGUUAGAGGGACACUUUGCAUUUAAUGGAUUAUAGUAAUGCAUUCAUUCCUGCCACCAAACCAUCAUUCAGUGGUAAGCCUUAACAGCACCUCCAUGCAGAAAGGAGCAAGUGUAUCAGCACGAAUUGUUCUUGCAGAUGUGCACACAGUGCCCCAGAUACCAAAUGCUUCUUGAGAGCAGCGGAACCCCUUUUUUACCUUAAAGCUCUCUGCAACUCAGGCAGUUGGGCUUUUGAGAACACAGAUUUCAUGUAAGUAUUGGUGCACUGCAAAGCUGCCUAAAGUAGGGAUAGAAAAGGGUUCUGUUAGAGGUGUACAAUAGUAGUGUGUGCACCUGUUGCACAUUGGGCAGAAAUUAAAUACAAAUGUAUUGCUAUUCAUGCUCAGAUAACAUGCUUAGCAAAGAUGCUCCAUGCCUCUGGAAUCUAAAGCUGUAGGAAGGAUGUGGGAGCCGUAGGCCUACUAGAGUCAGUGGAGUGAAGUCUUGCAUCUUCCACUCUGACAAAGUGUUCAUCUGUAUGUUGUACAGCAAUAAACAUUUUGAGAAGCCUGCUAAAAGCAGCAUUAGUCUGCCUUGUGCUUUGCUGAAGAGCAAAGGACAUACUUGUCAGUGCAGACAGACACAGUUGCUGCUGUCCCCAAGAGUCUGCUUUACUUACGUUGCAGCAGUACAGCUUGGGCCAUGCUCACUGGUGAAGGUCUGUCAGCAGUGACUUUCUUCUCCUUGGUGGUUGUGAAUCCAAGCUCUCCUCCUGCACAGUGGUGUGUCUGCCCACUUUGCCUGAUUUGCUGUUGCCAGUACCUCCUGGGUACUGUGCCAGGGGUGUGAUUAGCAGUAACAGUGAAGGCUUGGAGAGAGGAGUCUGGUGUUCUUGGAGGCCACAUGGGCUGUGUCAAACGCUAGCAGUUUUAGUAAAGUUGUUUCUUUGGCAGGGGUGUCCAUAUCAGCAAUCCUAGAUUUGGGCAGAGUGUGAUGGGACACGCAGAGUUUUGCUUUGUAUUUCCAACCACUGGCAGCACUCGCCUGUUCUGAGCAGCCUCCCAGUUCUGACUUGGUGAUCCUUCUGCCACUUAUCUCUGGACCAAGAACCUGUUAGAAGAAACUGUAGUGAAGGUUAUGAAUGACAUGCUAAUAUGAGAUCACACCCACAAUUACUUGUAACAGCAAUAGGUAACUGUAGAGACUGGACUCAUCCUUCAAGGCUCUGUUGUUUUGGUAAAAGAUGAUUCAAUGCAGCGUCUUCGCUCUGUCAUGUCAUUGUGACAAUAGCAUGAGAUAAAUACAUCACCAAAAUAACGUGUCCUGAUGCAGUAAGUUAGUGCUUGUUGACAAAAUGGAAAGUUAAAUAAAAGAAAAACUAACAAGCCUUUCUAUAUAGAGCUGUUUAAGAGUAGUAAUAACUCUUCCUCUGGGAAGUAUAUUGGAGCUAAUUCAAACAUAUGGCAUGGUUAAAAACACUUCUGGUAAUAUCUGAAAUAUAUAUCAUACCAUCAUAAUAUAAAGAAGUCAUCUCUUUAGCAAGAGCAGAUCCUGCUGCUGGAUCUUCAUGGUUUCUCACAUACAAUGUAUGUGCUUUUUUGGCCUACAAGCUCCCACCUUCUUGAUUGCGUCUUCUCUUGUUGUUCUUUGGGGUGGGUUUGUUUGUUUGUUUGUUUGGGUUUUUGGGGUUGUGUUGUUUUGGUUUUUUUUAAUGCCCUGGGCACAUCUUUUGUGUGUUGAAAUAAUUUGUUUUAAUGUAUAGUUAGAAAUGUCCAUGCCACACUCACUAAUCCUAUUGUAGGGAGUAAAGAAUGAAACCAACUGUAAAAAAAACCCAAGCUCCUCUCCAUUUUAAUAUUCUAGUUUUAGGAAUUAAAAGUUCUGACUGCUCAGUUGGAUGGUGUUUGGUGGUUUGGAGUUUUUGGGGAUUUUUGGGGGUGGGAUUUUUCUUUGUUUGGUUGGGUUUUUUUUUUAAUGUAUAGUUCUAUCCAGCAAAAACAGACAAUUGGAUGUCUCUAGGAAUUCUAUCAGCCAAGCACUGGGGCUGGGAAGUGCCCCGCAAGAUUGUGGGGGGACUGCAGAGGUGCUCAAACUCAUUGCAUCUUAUUCUGGAAAUAAACCAGCCAGUCACCAUUCCUGCUUGUUAUAUAAAUCCUUCUGCUGACCUCCUUUUUCUCAACCUUGUGCCCUUCCCCUCCAAAAGUCCUGCAUUCACAUGUUGUUUGCAACUGAAAUUGGGUCAGUUCUUCAAGGAAGGCAAACAAGGGGUGACUACUGGUUACUUUGUGGGUAUUCCUGUUGCUAGGCCAGGGCUGACUUUAUGGAUGGAUUGGGGACCAGGCAUUACAUUGCUUUCCUUUGUCACAAGACAAUUCCAAGUCCCUGCAUCCUGACUUGCUGAAUUUGCGAGGGUCUCUGAGCAGCUGUGGGCAGCACUUGUACACUGCCGUGGAAGCCCAACCAGCAUGAUUGUGUCAUGCCCAGGUAGAGCUCAGGUUACUUGCUCUGGGUUUGUGCUGGAGGAUUGUGCAGACCAUACUGCUCCUGACAUAGCCCAUGCCAUGAGCUGUCCAACAACCUGUACUCAUCAGCAAGAACAGUGAGAGCAGUGCCUCAGCUGCCCAUUUUCCCUCUUGGUUUUAUUGCCAGUCCACCUGGCUUCUAGGCCAGAUCGUCCUUAUCUGGUGCUUGUAAGCAAUCUUUUGCUCUGCCUUGCCAUCAGUGGCAUCUUUCUGAAGCUGGGACAUAGGGAGUGUCUGUGUUGUGUCUGAAAGCAGACCCUGGGUAUGUGUCUCCUCAUCCUUCAAGUCCUGCUGGGCCUCUCCAGCUCUGCUUUGAAUGACAGCUGAAAAUGGCUGGGACAGAGAAGAGAACCAGGACUCAACAGUGCAAGUCAUCUGUUUGUCCUGCCAGAAGUAAAAAAUCUUUCUUUCUGAUCUUCCAAGGGCAUAGAGUGUUGUAGGACAUUGCAUUAAAGUGGGAUUCGUUUGUGUGAAGGCACUGCUUUCCAUGGCCUGAGUUUAUACUGAACUUACCCUGCUCCAGCGCAUUUCUGCCUAUGGUAAAUUUGUUAAACUGAAAGGCAUCUGUGUGGUUUUGGUUUUGUAAUAAAAUAGAUAACUUUU